AUGCUUCCUCUAGGUCUUCUCAAUGCUGCGCAAGGUCACCCGAUGCUCGUAGAGCUGAAGAAUGGAGAAACCCUCAAUGGUCAUCUUGUCAACUGCGACAGUUGGAUGAAUUUAACUCUCAAAGAGGUUGUACAAACAAGCCCCGAAGGAGAUCGCUUUUUUAGAUUACCCGAGGUUUACGUGAGGGGAAAUAAUAUAAAAUAUCUCAGAGUUCCGGAAGAAGUUGUCGACCUCGCUAGAGAUCAGCAGCAGCAAAAUCAAUCCUCUAACCGCGGGCGUGGGGGCCCACAGCAGUCCCGUGGUGAAGGAGGGCGGGAACGCGGUAGAGGCCGCGGUGGAAGGGGCCGCGGAAGAGGGCGAGGAGGAUGA